AUGGACGUCAGCAAUGGCGGCGACGGCAUCGGCGUUCCCAAGGAUUCGGCGGUGGUGGCCAUGGAGGACGUGUCGUUCAUAUCGGAGCCGCACAUGCACCGCGCCGCCCUCGCCAUUAUCGCCCUCGGCGGAACCACAGCCUUCGCGCUUAGCCUCGCCGCGCAGUUCACGCGGAUAUCGACGUAUUCGAUUUUGACGAAUCCAUGGGGCGCGCUGUACUGCAGCUACCCGCCCUCCGCGGCCACGUGGCUGGCCGUUGCUGCCAUCUUCGUGCUGCUCUUCACCGAGGCGUUUACUCUGCUGACGGGCGGGUCCACGUGGGCGCGGCCGCUGUUCACGCGCCAUGUGGGGCGCGGGGAGAUGGCGCCCACUGUGGGCCGCCGCUCCCACCUGCAGCUCGCUCUGCUGGUCUUCAACAUGUCAGUCGCGCCGGGAGGUGGAGGGGGAGGGGAGAAGGGGGAUUGCUGGGAGGACGGGUGGAGCACUCUCUCCACCCACCCACCCAAAGCAUCUCACUUCGCCCUUCUCCCUUUCCUGUUCCAGUCAGCUCCCGUCCUCUCCUUCUUCUAUUGCCGAGGUUGGAUUUCCCCACGCUGCCUGUCUAUCUCCUUCCACGUGGCUUUCUUGCAUCCCUUCCUCUCAUCACUCCCCAUCCCAGCAUACGUCCACUCCUGCCCCCCUCCUCGGCCGCCCUUCUCCCUCUCAAUCGCAUGUCUCUUUUCCCCUUCCAACCAGCCUUCCCCCCGCGCUCUUCCCCCCUCUCCACCUUUUCCCAUCAUCCCACCCCCCCUCACGGCCACACAUCUACAUCCGCACGCCCUCCCAUCCCGCUCUCCCUGCAGCCUCUUCUUCCUUGCAUCCGAAGGGCUCCUGAUCGCAGCGGCCGUGGAGAAUUCGUUCCACAUCUCCUCUGUACCAUACUCCACCGACAUCAACACCAUCAUGUACUGCAGCACCGUCAACGAGGCCGUCUUCAUCUCUGCGGCUGUAUUUGCUGCGUUCUCCGCUGUUCUCAUGGUUGCUUAUUACAUUCUGGCGAUCAAGGCGAGCCAGGAUACGUGGCUGCGGCACUAUGAGCCCGCGCCUAUGGUGGUCGAUAUGGAGGCGUUUGGCAGGGACGCUGCGCGGACCACUGUUGCGAGUAUUCACGGGGAGAACGUGGGGGGCGGGAGGAGUGGGAGGAAGGGCGGGAGGAAGGGGGGGAAGUCGGGGAAGGGCGGGAGGAAGAAGGAGAGUGGGAGUGGGGAGGGUGGUGCGGAGGCGGCCGGUGGGGAUGGUGGUGAAGUGUCGUCGGGGCGAGGGAAGCAAGAAGCAGCGGCAGAUGAUAGAGACGAUGGCGAACAAGUAGCAAGCGGCGGGAGAGGGAAAGCAGCGGAUAGGGGAGUGGUCGAAGCGGAAACGGCGAUUGGCGUGAGUGCAACGGGGGAGCGCACGGUUGGGGUGACGGGGGGUAGCAGAAAAUGGGGAGAGGGGAAGGGGGAGGAGGAGGGAGCGCGAAGAGAGGAGGCGGGAGAGGUGAAAGAGGAGGGAGAGGAGAGAGAGGAGGGAGAGAAGGAGAGGGAGAAAAAGGAAGGGAUCGAGCUUUCUGGUGCGGGACAAGAGGAUGACGUCUGGUCUGGGAACGAUGUAGCAGCAGGUGAUGACGUGGAACGGGGAGUUUCCCACGUGUCAGACGAUUCUGACCAUCACUCACGGCAGCAGCAGCAGCAGUGUCAUCCCCUCCGCGUGCCAUGUCCCCCAGCAGCCCACGGUCGGAGGGCAGUGAGGAGAGGGGGUACAACAGUGCAGACGAUCUUUCCUCAUCACAUCCUCCACUCCACUCUCGCCUCGCCCUGCCGUCUUCUUUCAGUGUUCCUUCCCAACUCCAAACCCCCAUUCCCUACCACCCCUCCCUCGCUACCUUUCCGGCAGCCCCCACCACACAACAAGCACCAGCAGCAACAACUCCAGCGGCAGCAGACUCACCAGUGUGGAGACAGGGGCGGGGAGGGGGCCGGGGAGGCGGAGGAGGCGGAGGAGGAGCGAGCGUUUGAGGCGCGGGUGUGGCGGGAGUGUCACCUGCGAGUGCACCGCAUGGCAGCGGACGGCAACUGCUUGUUCCGUGCUGUGGCCCACCAGGUGCUGGGGGACGCUGCCUUUCAUCGUGACCUCAGGCACCUGUGCCUGGAUUACAUGGAGAAGGAGCGGGACCACUUCAGCCAGUUUGUGACUGAGAGCUUCAGCGCAUACUGCAAGCGCAAGAGGCGCGACAAGGUGCAUGGUAACAACCUCGAGCUGCAAGCUCUAGCGGAGCUCUUCAACCGCCCCAUCCACAUCUUCUGCUACUCCACAGAGCCGAUCAACAUCUUCCAGACGGCGUACGACUCGUCGCUGCCGCCCAUCCGGUUGUCGUACCACCGGCGCCGCCACUACAACUCGCUCGUCGAUCCCUCUCAGCCCAACACUGGCGUUGGUCUGGGGCUCAGCGCGCUGCAGGGCGGGCAGGCGCCGCCAUCAGCAGUGAAGCAGGCGAUGCAGGAGCAGCAGGAUGCAGUGGUGGAGCAGGCACUGGUGUGCGAGGCACAGGCGAGCUCCGACCGCCACCUCACAGAGGAAGCUCUGGAGCUCGCUGUUAUGGAGGCCAGCUACAGGGAGUACGUGCAGCAGCAGCAGGAGGAGCAGCGGCGGCAGCAGCAGCAGAGGGGUGUUGCUGUAUCCUUACCAGGCUAUGUUCGGCCGCUUUGCCCCGUUCCAUUACGUCCUCUGCCUGCUCCUGCCGCCCGCUCAUCUUCUCCAUGGCAAUUCACCCCUCCGUCCUCGUCUGACCUGGAUUUUCCACCAUCAUCAUCGUCCUCCUCCUCCUCCUCCUCCUCCUCCUCCUCCUCCUCCUCUCUCCGGCCUCCUGCUGCUGCAUGCGCACCCGUGCUUGCCUCCUUUGCUUGA